AUGUUUAAGAUCCGCACCACCAUAUGGACGGGCGAUGUGAAGGAGAAUGAGAGAGCAGACUGGGUCAUGACGCUGUGUGGGUUGUCCCGGUGUGGUGCUGCCCCGUCGGUGAACUGCCUCCCUAGCCCCGUCGGUGAACUGGUAGCUGCUAGCCUAGUCCGUGCCCGGCCCCCGGCCCCCGUCGCUUGCGCGCGAGAGGUGUUUAGCGCGAGUUUCUUGAACCCUGCCUGGUCCCCCGCAACGGAGAAUCGGUUGAAAGGCCGGACACACACGCACACAAACACAGCUGCCGCAUCAAUUAGGAGCCUCUACGGGUGUCAUUCAGAGUCGCCUCUACGGCUCGUCGCGAUAAGGCCCCGCCCCGUCUGGAGCGCUGAAGUGGGCGAAGGCGCCGAGCCCGGAAGCGCUAAAAGAGCAACGAGGGGCAGGAGAGAGAUGAACAUUCGCUGCGGCGACGACAAAAAAAUCCCACGUCGAGGGUGUUGUGUAGUGGAUAUUGGGUGGUGGUUUCUUCCCGCAGUUGAUCAUGAUUUUCCCCCUUCCCUCAUCGCCUCCUCUAAUCAUCAUCAUCAUCAUCAUCCUCUGCGGGUUCCGGACAAAUGUCAAUGA